CUUGGGGGAAACAAGUCAGUUCGACCGCUGAGCUGAUGAGAAGGAGGCAUCCGGAAAGCGGCUUAUGAGCAAGCCACGCCAUCGCGUGACAUGGUGGCCGGUGCUUCUCCAGGUACCUCUGGUGUGCGGCUUCUGCAACACCAGCCAGUCCGAUGGCAUUCUGUCAAACUGCCCGGAGGAGUGCUGGAAACAGGGGAAAGCUGCGAAGCUUCGUGCCCGCCCGGUUUGGUCGCGGAGCUGAAUGUGUCGUGCAAGGAUACCACACUUCAAGUUCCUGAUUGUCUUGCAGCCACCACCAGUACCACCACCAGUACCACCAGCAGUGCCAGCACCACCAGUGCCACCACCAGUACUACCACCAGUGCCACCACCAGUACCACCAGCAGUACCAUCAGUGCCACCACCAGUACCACCAGCAGUACCAUCAGUGCCACCAGUACCACCAGCAGCACCACCACUAGCACCAUGGCAACAUUGACCACCUCAAGCACUAGUAUCAGCAGAACUUCCAGCACCACGCGCAGCUGGACAAGCACUCUGGGAAGCACGGUGACAAACAGCACAUUGAGCACUACAACUUCAAGCAGUAGCAGCUCUACCACGAGCAGCUCCACCAGCACUAGCUCCAUCAGCAACUCCUCGACGACUUCCACCACAUCAACCUCCAGCAGCUCUACAAGCAGCACGGCAUCAAACAGCACAACUUCAAGCACCACCGCAAGCAGCACCAGCCAAACUAUGUCCACCAGGACCAACACUACGACUUCUACCACAUCAAGCAGCAGUACUAGCAGCAGCACGAGCAGCACCACAAGCAUGGGCCACGGGUGCACCAUCGCCUUUGCAGAUGGCACCACCUGCCCCAGGUACAUGAUGCCUGCAGAGCGCUGUGCAGCCCACUGCCCUGGGUCUAGCUCUGCUGGUCACUUCAUUUGCCUCCACGGGCGCUUCUUCGGGAGCUCAGGCUGCCAGGAAGCGGGGGCGACGGCCUGGCGCGGGCCGCUGCUGGCAGCAGCUCUGCACGUGGGUGUGACCAGUCGCAGCCCGCUUUCCUCAGAAGUACUGCAAGAGAGUUUGAGGCGCUCUCUGGCGGUGUGUUUGGGCAUGAGCUCCAGCAGCAUAGUGCGCCUCAGAGUGCUCGACCUGGUAGCAGAAGGUCAGUCUCCCGAGGUCCUUGCCAACCUGGAGCUCCAGUUCGAGGUGUCCCUGGGCGCCGAGCAAGCAAAUUUCACAGAGGUGGCAGAAGGUAUUGAGGAGCUGACCGAGGUGUCCACGCCCGCAUUUCUCUUGCUACAAAACAUGAUGAAGGGAUACUUCAACAUUCAGAUCAGAUGGGUGGAGGUGGCGAUGAGGGCAGUGCCAUACGAUGGCAGCAUACUGAAUCUGACGCUGGCACCAGUCAGUACAGGGGAUUCGGGUGAUGCUGCAGCAGAAAUGCAGGAUCAAGACGGAACCGCCACAAUCUCGGGAGUUGUUCUCUCCAUGACGAUAAUCCCAGUGGUAGCAGUUUGGGUCCGCUUCAUCUUGGCAGAGCGACGAGUUGGCCGAGAAGCGCUAUCAGGAGAGGAGAGGGGCGCUGUGCGACGCAAGAACAGGGCCCUCCGCGACAAGUAGAUUUGUUAAUGCAAUCCAGAGCUGUACAUAGACUCAUUUGAACCAGCCAGAUUUUAUGCUCCUGCCACUUGUGAAACAAGGCAAGGGCAUGUCAGUGCUGCGUUGGAACGUGGAAUACAUUUGACUGACAUUGCCGUCAAACACGUUGGAUGUGAGAUGUGGACACCAAUGGGUGAUGCCACCGUCCCACAUUGGGCAGUGCAAGAUGCAUGCUCACAGAGCACAGCGCACUGUCCUUACUCUCCAGGGUUUGCAGUGCGCAGACGCAAGGCCAAGCGAAGCGUG